AUGGAGCCUCCCACCGUGAUCAUCGUCGGCGCCGGCGCGGGGGGGAUCGCGACCGCCGCCCGUCUCGCCAAGCGGGAGUACAAAGUCACUGUGGUCGAGAAAAACGAAGCGGUAGGCGGACGGUGCUCGUUGAUGGAGGAAAACGGCUACCGCUUUGACCGCGGACCCUCCCUCGUCCUGAUGCCCGAGUAUUUCGAUGAAGUCUUUCACGACCUGGAUACGAGCAUGUCCGCGGAAGGCGUUGACCUGCUCAAAUGCGACCCUAACUACCGCAUCUACUACGCCGACGCGGCACCGCUCGACCUGACGACCGACCUGGCGGCCAUGCAGUCCGUGAUCGAGGCACACGAAGGCCCGUCGGGCUUCGAGCGCUUCCUGCAGUUCCUGGUCGAGUCUGGCCGCCACUACAAUCUGUCGCGCGCCCACGUCCUAUGGGCCAACUUCCCGCACUGGUUCAGCAUGUUGCGGCCCCGCAUGGCCUGCAACCUGCUGCGUCUGCACCCCUUCGAAAGCGUCUACGCCCGCGCCGCCCGCUACUUUACCUCGCACCGUCUGCGCCAGGCCCUGACCUUCGCGAGCAUGUACCUCGGCAUGAACCCCUUCGACGCCCCCGCCACCUACUCGCUGCUGCAGUAUGCCGAGUUCGCCUACGGUAUCUGGUAUCCGCGCGGCGGCUUCCGCACCAUCCUCGACGCAUUAACCCGUAUCUCCGAACGCCACGGCGCAACCUACCGUCUCUCAACCCCCGUCUCGCGCAUCACGCUCUCAGCAGACAACUGCCGCGCCACAGGCGUCGAACUCUCAACCGGCGAGACCCUCACGGCAGACACAGUAAUAAUAAACGCAGACCUAAUCUACGCCUACACGCACCUCCUCCCACCAACCCGGUACGCCACCUCGCUCACAAAAAGAGAAACCUCCUGCAGCAGCAUCACCUUCUUCUGGUCGCUAUCGACCACUCUCCCCACCCUGAGCGCCCACAACGUCUUCCUCCCCUCGACAGGGGAAUACAAAGAAAGCUUCGACGCCAUCUUCAAACAGAAGCACAUCCCCGCCAACCCGGCCUUUUACAUCCACGUGCCCAGCAGAGUCGACCCCUCCGCCGCGCCGCAAGGCAAAGACGCCGCCGUCGUGCUGGUCCCCGUCGGGAACCUCGGUGGCAGCAACGCAACAGAGAAGCAGACGAACGCGUACUGGGCCGCCAUAGUUGUGCGCGUGCGCCAGGCGGUGCUCUCUGCGCUGCAGGACCGCAUCGGGGUUGAUGUGGAGCCGUUGCUGGUCAGUGAGACCGUUGAGACGCCGCUUACCUGGCAGCAGCGGUGUAAUCUCGAUCGCGGUGCGAUCUUGGGGCUCUCGCAUUCGUUUUUCAAUGUGCUCGGUUUCAGGCCCAAGGUGAGGCAUCCCCAGGUCAAGGGGUUGUUUUUUGUUGGGGCCAGUACGCAUCCUGGGACGGGCGUGCCGGUCUGUCUUGCCGGGAGUUUGAUUGUGUUCAGGGAGGUGGUUAGGGAUUUUGAGAGGAGGGGGAAGGGGGUGUUUGGGGUUAAGGGGGUGGGGUUGGUUUUUGUGCUGGUUGUGCUCGUUGCGUGGCUUUGGCCGGUGGAUUGGCGGUGGGUUUAAUUGGUAUCAGAUAGUUGAAAGGAUGGGGUGUCGGGGUUUCUCACCCGGAUGCUUUAUCAGAGUUUAUCUAGGGCUGAGGUGGGCCAGGAAGCUGAAGAAAGAGGGGGGUCCGGGGGUUCUCCCCCGGGAAAGCUUUAUCUGAGGCAGUCUAGGGUAGAAGUGCUUGAAGAGUUGAAAGGCG